AACAAAAAAAGAAGAAAAGGGACUUGAACGAGAAAUAACAAAAAUCUGACGGGCAUGAAUAGAAAUGGCAACAAUUUAGCUUACCGAAGUCGAACUGACGAGGUGAUGUUAGGGAAUAAAUGCGUUUCAUUGACUCUCUCGUCUCUAUUACGACACCUUCGCAUUCAGUUCCCAUUAACUACCAUACUCCCCGUCUCUUCAUGUCUUCUUCAUUUCUUAAGCCGGAAAAUGCCUAACCUUCAGGGAAAAAGCAUUGUUUUUUAGCUUAACCCAACAAUGUCACCGUGUUUCUGAGUCAAACUCUAGCCUCCGUUUCUUCAAAUGGGUUGCUGUGUAAGCACUAACAGAGGCUCUUGUGGUGAAAAAGAAGCACAUUUAGAGGUGGGUCUUGAUUCUUUUAACCAAAAACCAAUUCUUGAAAGCAGAGCUCCACCGCCUUCCGCUGAAGAAGAAACUGUGAAGGAAGUUUUGUCAGAGACUCCAAAGCCCAAAGCUCCCAUCCUAAUCCCACAAGAAGAAGAGAAGGAAAAAACCCUGAUAGAAAACCCUGCUUUUGUCAAGAUCCAAGGGAAGGAAAGCCUGAAUUUUAACAUUAAGCAUGAGCUGAAAUCACCUGUCAAUUCCGUUGAAGAGUCAGCUUCAGAAAAUGUUUCUGAGAUUUGCAGUGUAAGUUUAAGUGAAAGCGUUUCAACUAUAACCGACAGGAGAGACGAAGAAGAAGAAGUGAGGCCGCAAAGAGUGUUCAGAUCUCCAGCAAGAUCCGGGCCAAGGAACCUGGUCGUAGGUAGGUCCCCGACCCGGAAACUUGAGCAAUCACCCGGGAGAAGAAAUGGGGUCAUAAAUGGUGGAUCAUCAGUGAGGUUGGUUCAGAGCAGGGAACCUACAGUGAGACGUGGGUCAAGACCCGAACCACCAAGGAAGGAUCCGGGUGAGAGUUCAGGGAGGAGGUCAAGGUCACCAGCAAUGAAUAGAUCUGUAAUGGGUCGGAGCCCAUCUGGAAGGACUAAUCAAUCCCCUGGUAGGGCCAGGCUUGACUCGGGAGACUCUGGUAAUGACAAAAAAUUGGAGCAGCAGCAAGGUACUACCACUACUACUACAACCACCAUGGAUGGAAAAUGGCCAAGUAGCAAUAAUAAUGGAGCCACAUCAAGUACUCCAAAUGAAUCACUUGAAAAUCCUCUUGUUUCUCUUGAAUGUUUCAUCUUUCUCUAGAGAUGAAGAAAUGUACGUUAAAAGAUCUAUCAUUUACUUUUUUUGUUGUUUUAGUUUGUGAAUAGUGAUUGAACAUUGAAGUCAAAUUUCAGUGUGAACUGGAAGUGAAGAUUUUGUUGUAUAAGUUUGUGGGAUUCCAGAACUCAGAGUUGCAGUGGUAGGCCGUUGUCCA